AUGGCAGAAAAGGUUAUAAUAUUAACGGGAGCUUCAAGGGGCAUCGGCCAAGCCAUAGCCCAGUACCUCCUCAGUCGCAACCACAAGCUCGUCGUCAUCUCCCGCACCCUCUCAGCCCUCGAUCAACUGCGUUCCCAGUAUCCCGAUCACGUCGAAGUCCUGGCGGGCGACCUGUCAGACCUCUCGCUGGGGCCCAAGGCCGUCGAAUUGGCUGUCACGAGGUGGGACCGUCUCGAUGGCGUGAUCGUGAAUCACGGGACUCUGAACCCUGUGAAGAAAGUUGCGGAUAGUAGUGCUGAGGAGUGGAGGAAGAGCUUCGAUGUCAAUGUCUUUAGUGCGCUGUCGAUUAUCACCCCGGCCAUCCCCCACCUCCGCCGCACCCACGGCCGCAUCAUCCUCACCUCCUCGGGUGCCUCCCUAAAUGCCUAUCAAAGUUGGGGAGCAUACGGGGCGAGCAAAGCCGUCCUCAACCACCUCGCGCUCACCCUGGCCGUGGAGGAACCCGACAUCACCACCGUCUCGGUGCGACCGGGCGUCGUCGACACGGAGAUGCAGCGCGAAAUCCGGGAGAAGCACAGGGAUGCCAUGAGUGCGAAGGACGCCGAGAAGUUCGCGGGUCUGAAGAGUCGGGGGGUACUGUUGCGGCCCGAGCAGCCGGGGCAUGUUAUUGCGAGGUUGGCUGUGGAGGCAGCGAAGGAACUUAGUGGGAGGUUUGUGAAUUGGAAUGAUGAGAGCUUGGGGCCGCUUCGGGGCGAGUGAGGACCUGGGGAUGUUCUGUCCUGCCUGCGAGGACCCCAAGGCUAUAAUAGACUGAUAGCAUAGGCGUGACUUAAGAUGCAACUAGUCUUAACGUAACAUGAAAUGGCGGAUGCAUGAACAUGUCUGCUAAAGGUACGGUUU